CCAUUCCCGGAGUAAGCAGAUUCCAAAAUACCACUGACAUUGAACGAAUAGAGAGCGAGGCGUGUACAGUGUGUUCCAGUCUAAUUAAUUUAAUAUCAGCAAUAUGAAUUACACUGUACGAGACUCCACGCCAGGAGACUGUAAAGAUAUAAUGCGGUUGAUCGUGGAUUUGGCAGAGUAUGAGAAAAUGCCAAAUGAAGUUAAACUUUCCCACAAAGAACUAGAAGCCGACGGAUUUUCAAGCAACCCUUUCUUUAAGUGUUUAGUGGCUGAAGUUCCCGAGGAAUUAAAAAGCAAAGAAGGGCACACGAUCAUGGGCUACGGCUUCUAUUUCUUCACCUAUUGCACGUGGAAAGGAAGAGUCGUCUAUCUGGAAGACCUGUACGUGAUGCCGGAGUUCAGAGGAAAAGGAAUUGGGAAAGCACUGAUGAGUCGCAUUGCACAGAUCGGCCGGGCGCAGGGCUGUGUUCGGAUGCAGUUCACCGUGCUGGAUUGGAAUAAGCCUUCCCUGGAUUUCUACAGCAGCCACGGAGCUCUGAAUCUGACCGCCGCCGAGGGCUGGCAGCUGCUGCGUUUCGAGGGUGAAGCCUUAGAGAAGCUAGCCCAAAACGCCAACUGAAGAGGGGCUGACCGACAGAGAGGCGCAGGGGCCACCCAUCUCCACAGCGUGGCCUCUUCGAUUCAGAGCCACUAGCUGGGCAGUCUGCAGAAGCAGAGUUUAGUCUCGGCUUUAAACUGCAGUCUGUUUGUUUUUAUUUUUUAAAGUUGGUCAUGUUGUUGUUGUUGUUCUUUUCCAGAAUGUUUUGGCCGUUGCUGUGGUCCUUUGGGGUUGUAUUUUUCGAAGCAGGGAUUUAAAUAAAGCCCCCUUUGCAGAGCAGUACAGCAGUGUGAUCCAUUCCUGGUUUUACUGUGAGUUUAAUAAUAAGACACACCUGAGCUUGUUAGCUAUAAUAUUAAUAACAGACUUCAUUGAGGGGAGCUCUGAACCCCAGGACUGGGUGCAGCAGCAGCAGCAGCAGCAGCAGCAGCAGGGCUAGUGUGAGUUUGUAACCCUGCUCAAACUCCUGGCUCCUGAUCAUUUCAAUAUUAAUAAUAAUAACAGACUUCAUUGAGGGGAGCUCUGAACCCCAGGACUGGGUGCAGCAGCAGCAGCAGCAGCAGGGCUAGUGUGAGUUUGUAACCCUGCUCAAACUCCUGGCUCCUGAUCAUUUCAAUAUUAAUAAUAAUAACAGACUUCAUUGAGGGGAGCUCUGAACCCCAGGACUGGGUGCAGCAGCAGCAGCAGCAGCAGGGCUAGUGUGAGUUUGUUCUACAGUUUCACCCAAGAAGAUUGUCAAUGUGCAGACAUAAAAAGAUACGUUUCUGUAUUCUUUAUUUAUUAAAAAAAAAAAAAAAAAAAAA